AUGAACUUAAACCCGCAGCGCGCGCUGCUGGAAAGCGAUGUUGGAGACUGGCGCGGAGAUGCGCAUUGGAAAGCUAAAGGCUGUGCCAAGAGCCGGAAGCAUCAGCCCAAAUCCAGCCGAGUCUCAGCGCUGGCCGCGCCCAGCCCUCUCCAGCUUUACGCACGGAUUUGGACUGCCUUCUGGCACCGAGGGGAGAGCGAGGGAACUCCCUUCGCCUCUCCUGACGACAGACCUUUUCCUACAGCUUCGGGGCUUUGUACCAGGGGCACCCAGGGGCAGAAGAAGCCAGCGACUAGGGCCCUACGGAUCAGCAGUGUGAAUCAGCUGGGGGGCCUCUUUGUGAAUGGUCGGCCCCUGCCCCUGAAUCUCCGGCAGCAGAUCAUCCGGCUCGCGGUCAGUGGGAUGCGGCCCUGUGACAUCUCACGGAGCCUUAAGGUAUCUAAUGGCUGUGUGAGCAAGAUCCUGGGGCGUUACUACCGCACAGGUGUCUUGGAACCCAAAGGUAUUGGGGGAAGCAAGCCACGUCUGGCUACACCCCCUGUGGUAGCUCGAAUCGCCCAGCUGAAGGGGGAGUGCCCCACUCUCUUUGCCUGGGAAAUCCAACACCAGCUUUGUGCUGAAGGGCUUUGCUCUCAGGACAAGACUCCCAGUAUCUCCUCCAUCAACCGAGUCCUGCGGGCACUGCAGGAGGACCAGAGACUGCCCUGGGCACAGUUCGGGCCACAAGCUGUUUUGGCUCCAAUUCCUUCUACUCCCCAUAGUGGCUCUGCAACUUCCCGGGGUCCCCACCCAGGGACUGGCCACCGGAAUCGGACUAUCUUCUCCCCCAGCCAGGCCCAGGCCCUGGAGAAAGAGUUCCAGCGUGGGCAGUAUCCCGAUUCAGCGGCUCGUGGAAAGCUGGCUGCUGCCACCUGUCUGUCUGAGGACACAGUGAGGGUCUGGUUUUCCAACCGAAGAGCCAAAUGGCGACGGCAAGAGAAGCUCAAGUGGGAAACGCAGCUGCCAGGGAUCGCCUCUGCACAGCCCCCUGGCAGUGUGUCCACAGCAGCCCUGCCUGCCCCGAAACCCCUGGGUCCUUCCUGCUAUCAGCUAUACUGGGGGACAGCACCAGACAGGUGUCUGAGUGACAUACCACCCCAAGCCUGGUUCAAGUCCUGCUGGGGUAAGAAUCUGGGCCAGGUCUCCAUCCUGCAGGAUGUGGGGAGGGCUGAUUGA